CCCUCUGCUCCGUUCCCACGUCGGGCGCGUCCAACGCUCUGCUUAGCGUCGAUAUGGAUCCGCCAGUUGCGACAGCACUGACAAGAUGGUGGAUAGGACAGGAGGAAAAUGAGGAACAAAACACAGCUCAUAUGUAUAGUUGACAGCGUGUAAAUGGCCUUUUGGGGAUUUUAAGUUAGCCAAAACGAUUACAAGAUCGGAGCGUUUCAUAUCUAUUGAAUUUGGGUUUAUGUUUGCGAGACGCAGGACCAAAUAUGUUGUUUUCUGGCUGCGGGAUGAAGGACCCGUCGGAUACAGGACAUAACGACGUGACAGCCAGUAGUCCGAUAGAUAAUCAGUGAUAUUAGAUCGUGAAUGAACUUUACGGUAAAAAAAAUACAUUGAAACCGUUCACUAGUACGGUCCAGCUAACGUUGUCAGCUAGUUAUUUGUUUUCCUGGUUGAUUUGUUGUCAUUGUGCAGCUAUUUGUUUUCCUGGUUGAUUUGUUGUCAUUGUGCAGCUAUUUGUUUUCCUGGUUGAUUUGUUGUCAUUGUGCAGCUAUUUGUUUUCCUGGUUGAUUUGUUGUCAUUGUGCAGCUAUUUGUUUUCCUGGUUGAUUUGUUGUCAUUGUGCAGCUAUUUGUUUUCCUGGUUGAUUUGUUGUCACUGUGCAGUUAGUCAGGGGUAGAUACUAAGUAGCUUUGCUAAUACCACAAGAUUUUCGUGGCCGAGUCGACAUGUUUUAACUUUGUACGGCGCUUGUUGGGGAAGGAUUCACAGGAUUCAUCGAUAAGGACGCAAGACGCAUCGAUAAGGACGCAUCGAUAAGGAAGCAAGAUGCAUCGAUAAGGACGCAUCGAUAAGGAAGCAAGAUGCAUCGAUAAGGACGCUCGACGCCAUCCCCCGUCGGACCGACCUGCUGCGUUGUGUAUUCUGGGGUUGUAACUAGUGACCAGCUAGUUAGCUGUUAUAGCUGGUCAGACUGUCCACAGGCGACAUGGCUCACUCUCCGGUUCAGAGUAGCCUGCCAGGGAUGCAGAACCUGAAGGCAGACCCAGAGGAGCUGUUCACUAAGUUGGAGAGGAUCGGUAAAGGCUCGUUUGGUGAGGUGUUUAAAGGAAUAGACAACAGGACUCAGAAGGUGGUGGCCAUUAAGAUCAUUGACCUGGAGGAGGCUGAAGAUGAGAUGGAGGAUAUUCAGCAGGAGAUCACUGUGUUGAGUCAGUGUGACAGCCCCUUCAUCACCAAGUACUAUGGAUCAUACCUGAAGGAGGCCAAGCUGUGGAUCAUUAUGGAGUAUCUAGGGGGAGGCUCGGCAUUAGACCUGUUGGAGCCGGGGUUGCUGGAUGAGACUCAGAUCGCCACCAUCCUCAGAGAGAUUCUGAAGGGUCUGGAAUACCUCCACUCAGAGAAGAAGAUACACAGAGAUAUCAAAGCUGCCAACGUCCUGCUGUCGGAGCGUGGGGAGGUGAAGCUGGCAGACUUUGGGGUGGCGGGACAGCUAACAGACACCCAGCUCAAACGCAGCACCUUCGUUGGCACGCCCUUCUGGAUGGCUCCAGAGGUCAUCAAGCAGUCAGCCUACGACUGUAAGGCAGACAUCUGGUCUCUGGGUAUAACAUGUAUAGAGCUGGCUAAAGGAGAACCCCCACACUCUGAGCUACACCCGAUGAAAGUGCUGUUCCUUAUCCCAAAGAACACCCCUCCUACCCUGGAGGGGAACUACAGCAAGCCCCUCAAGGAGUUUGUGGAGGCCUGCCUAAACAAGGAGCCAAGCUUCAGGCCCACUGCCAAAGAGCUGUUGAAACACAAGCUGAUUGUGCGUCACGCCAAGAAGACGUCGUACCUGACAGAGCUGGUGGAUAGAUACAGGAGGUGGAAGGCUGAGCAGACCAGACAGCAGGCAGAGUCCAGCUCAGACGAGUCUGACUCGGAGCAGGAUGGGCAGGCGUCGGGCGGGAACAACUUUGGGAGUGAUGACUGGAUCUUCACCAUCAGAGAGAAGGAUCCUAAGAAACUGCAGAACGGGGGAGAGGGACAGGAAGUGGAGAGUGGAGACAUUUCAGGGAGGCUGUUUUCCACCAUCAUCUCUCCUUCUCUGGCCGAAUUGAAGCAGCGUCAGGAGGCAGUGAAUGGGAACCCCAUGGCUCUAGAUGAACUGAGAGAAGCCAUUCUCCUAGCUGAGGAGGCCUACCCUGGGAUCUCUGACUCCCUGGUCACACAGCUGGUUAACAGACUGCAGAGAUUUUCUUCAGGCAGGAAGUCUUCGUGCUCUUCUCCCUAGUGAUUGGCUCUCUGCCCCAGCCCGCCUCUCCCAGGUCCCGCCCCCUGUCUGUGGUCCAGUCAGAGGUUAGAGGUCAGCCUGGAUAACACCAUAGGUGUCCGUCACACAUUCCUGCUGGAGAACCCUGAACACCCAACGCUUGGUGAUCAACUCUAAGGCCUCUUUUAGUAACUUGAUAAACCUGUGGAGAUCAGAGGGGGCAGUAGAGCCCAGUCACUCUGUUAACACUGCUGGAGAAUUAACCCAAGAGCAAGGAGACACUGCUUCUCAGAGGAGGACCCAUCAGUAUGGGCCCAGUCUGUCUGGA